AUGGCUUCAAGGAAUGAUGGUAUUCAACUCCUUUUGCAAGCCGAAAAAAGUGCUAGUGAGAAAGUAAAUGAAGCGAAAAGACGUAAAGCUAAACGAUUAAAGGAAGCUAAAGCCGAGGCUCAGGCAGAAAUCGAAGCUGAACGAGCUGAGCGUGAGCAUCACUUUAAAAUUUGUGAGGGUAAAGUACUUGGUCGUCGAUCAGAAAUUGAGUCGCAAAUUCAAAAGCUAACCCAAGAAAUAAUCGAUACUCAAACUGCCUCUGUGAAUCUUCAUAAAGAAGACGCCAUAAAUAUGUUAUUGAAUUGUGUUAUGCAAAUUCAGCCACAGCUACACAAAAAUUAUCGCAAUGGAAUAACGGGUUAA